GAUAUUAAUGAUAGUUUAAUGUUAGAGAACUCUUUCCCAAAUAAUUUCGAUUUGACCAGUGAUAACUCGAACAACAAUGAUGAUUACAUGAAUAUCAACUUUUCAAAUGAUGUUGACGAUAAUUCAAAUGAUGAAGGUUCUA